AUGCUUUCUACUAGUGAAGUUUGCACUAUUUUUCUUUAUGAAUUCAAAAAGGGAACAAGUACUUUAAAAACAGCACGAAAUAUAAAUGAAGCAUUUGGAGAGAAUUUAGUAAGCCGUGCGAUUGCAAAAAAACGGUUUAAGAAGUUCAAAGAAAAAAAUAAAAGUCUUAAGAAUGAAAAGCGUGGAAGACCAGAUUCAGUGUUUGGAUAA